AUGCAUGUGGAGAGGAAUGUGGCUGCAAGCUUGAUUGCCACAUUAUUACAUUGUGGCAAUUCAAAGGAUGGUCUAAAGGCUAGAAAGGAUCUUGAAAGUCUUGGUAUCAGGAAGGAUUUGCAUCCAAAAGCUCAGGGUAAAAGGACAUUACUCCCAGCAGCUCCAUGGUCUUUGUCAAAGUCAGAGAAACACACAUUCUGUAAGCGGCUCUUUGAUUUUAAAGGUCCUGAUGGCUACUGUGCUAAUAUAUCUAGUUGUAUAUCAUUAGAGGAGUGUAAGGUGAUGGGUCUCAAAUCUCAUGAUUAUCACGUCCUAAUGCAACAACUGCUGUCAGUAGCAAUUAGAGGCUUACUAUGUAAGGGUCCUAGGGUAGCCAUUUUCCGCUUAUGCGCUUUCUUCAACCUUCUAUGCCAACGAGAACUUGAUAUGGAACAACUCCAGCUAAUGGAAACUGAAAUUGUGGAGACUGUUUGCAUUUUUGAAAGAUUUUGGCCACCUAGUUUCUUCGACAUCAUGGUUCACUUGUGUGUGCAUCUAGGCAGAGAAGCUCGACUUGGUGGUCCUGUCCAUUUCCGAUGGAUGUAUCCUUUUGAAAGGUACAUGAAAGUAUUGAAAGACUAUGUAAGAAACACAGCAAGACUAGAGGGGUGUAUAGCUGAGUCUUAUCUUGCAGACGAGUGCAUGAAGUUCUGCUCGACUUUCUUGAAGACUACAACAAAUGUAGAAGAAAAAGAGGACAGAAACACUGAGUAUGAGAGCCUUUCCAUCCUCGAAGGUCGUCCUAUAUCAGCUGCCCGCUCAUUCCAAUUUUCUGAUACAGAGUUGAAAAUAGCUCAUCUUGCUGUAAUACAAAACACGGCUAUGGUGGAUCCAUAUGUUGACGGUGAAAAAGUAGUUGUUGCAGAAGGACGCUGGUCUUCGAACAACCUUGAACAGUUAGUCCAUUUCGUUCCGUUGGGGAAUAAUGCAGUUCGUGUGUGGGUUGAUGUAGUGAAGGUGAAUGAUGCCAAGGUUUGGAGGCCAACGUCUGCAAUUGAGUGUAUGGAGGAUGCUGUCGGCACUACUGUAGCAUGGCCUGAAGAUAAAGUUGUCAUCGUUUGA